CGGCGAGCUUCUGUUGCCAGAGCAACGGCCGGAGCAGGCCCCGCAAGCCGUCGAGUCUGCCGAGGGUCCCGAAGUCUUCAGGUUUCUUGGAUGACAAAACUGAGGACCAGAGAGGGAAACAAAGACCCAGAGACAUGUCCAAGGUCAGGCAGCCGUUUGGUGACUGCUGAACUCCGGGGGCUUCCUUCCUGGGCUCUUCUGACAUUUCUUCUCUCCGUGGGGCCAUGGCUGAGGUCCACGUGAUUGGGCAGAUUAUUGGGGCAACGGGUUUUUCUGAGAGCAGCCUCUUCUGCAAGUGGGGUGUCCAUACUGGAGGAGCAUGGAAACUGCUCUCAGGUGUUCGGGAGGGCCAGACGCAAGUGGAUACUCCUCAGCUGGGCACCAUGGCCUACUGGUCUCACCCAAUUGACCUGCAUUUUGCUACCAAAGGCCUACAGGGCUGGCCUCGGCUGCACCUGCAAGUAUGGUCUCAGGAUGUCUUUGGGCGCUGCCAGUUGUCUGGCUAUGGCUUCUCCCAUAUCCCCAGCAGCCCUGGGGCCCACAGCCUCGACUGUGUGACAUGGCGCCCCUUGGGUGGCUGGCGAGAGCAGCUGGCACGGGCCUUUGUUGGCGGUGGGCCUCAACUGCUACACAGUGAUGUAGUCUACAGCGGGGCUGACCGAUACCGGCUCCACACAGCAGCCGGGGGCACUGUGCACCUGGAGCUGGCCCUCAUCCUGAGAAACUUUUCCCGCUAUGGGGUUGAGUGCUGAGCACCUCGGCCAGCUCCCAGCCCCUUAUACCCCACACCCAAUUCCCCAUCUCACUUCCUCCCCUCCCCUUUCCUCUCUGUCCCCAGGCUCCUGCCCUCAGCAGUCAAUCAACAAACUCUUACUGAGCUUUUAUUAUGUGCCAGGCACUGCCCUAAGGAAGCCUUGGGGGCUAUCAAGAAAAAGCAGCAUGGCCCUGCUCUCCUGGGGCCUCCGUGCCAGUGGGGGCCAUGUCAUGGAAUGAAAUACAUGAAUUGGUAUA